AUGGGUGGAAGAAGCAGUACACCAGUGCAUGUUAGACAGGCUAUGGAAGCACCUCAGUAUCCGGAUAUGAAUGCUGUUUUUAGUCAGUUACCAAAAAUGAUGCAGGUUGCUGAUGAUAUGCAUCGUAUGACGGAAUACAUGAUGGAUUUAAGAAAUAUGACGUUUGCAAUGGUCUGCAUAUCACUAAUUUUAGGCGGACUUUAUCUGUUAACAAAAUUAAUUUUACACUAUAAACGCAAAAAUUCUUAUCGAAAACAGCUUAUCGAAAGGCAAUUGGAGGCUGUUGGUGAAAGAGCGUUCCCAAGACAUUUUCAUUAUGGUGGAGGUUACCAGGGCUUCUGUGAACCAUGGUUGGAACCACGUCCAAAAACUGCAACAUCAAUUGAUAUGGAAAAAAUUCAAUUAGGUGGCUGUGCACAGAACGACAAUGGAGAUCGGAUGAGCGAGAUAACACCACGCGUUACGGAAACCAAGAAUCUGCCGAACGGUCUAACUAACAAAGUUUGA